AAAAGAAAAGAAAAGAAAAAUUCGAUCGUUGUUCCUUCCGCCGGCCGAUCGCCGUGGCAGUCCCGCCGCGAUAUUCCUCUCCCACCGUUUCAAUCCACGGCUUCCGGAUUUCUCGACACCACCUCUUCCAAUUACCAACCGAUUCUUCUCUUUCUCUCUCCCUCUCUUUCCAUAUAGAUCGUCAUUUCUCUAAAUUCGAACAUCCAAUCGCACGCAAAUCUCGGAAUCGGAAAUACCGCUCUCUUUCUCUCUCUAUCUGGAUGAACCUCCUUCUCUCUAGUUCCUCUGACACCGCCGUCCUCCGCCGCACCACCGCCAGCUUUCUCUCCUCCGAUCUGGCUUGACUUUCUGGAUAUUUUUUUUUUCCCACAUGCAUCCUUGCUGCUGCGUCUGCCCGAUCUUCGAUCAAAAGGCUUCCCCUGCUCUGUCCUCCCAUUUCUCCAUGGCCGCCGGCGCCGGCCAAACCAGGCCCGAUCCGCCCGCGCGAUCCGCCAACCACGUCCACGUCGACAACCACCGCAACGGUGAGCACCGGCCCGACGCCGCCGCCACGUCCGCGAGGGAGCAGCCGGCGGUGGACGUGAAGAUAAACGACAUCGUAGGGAACGGGAUAUCGGGGAUACUGAACAAAUGGGUGAAUUACGGCAAGGGAUGGAGGCCGAGGUGGUUUGUGUUGCAAGACGGCGUGUUGUCGUAUUAUAAGAUCCAUGGGCCUGAUAGGAUCGUCGUUAAUCAAGAGACCGAGAAAGGAUCGAAAGUUAUUGGUGAGGAGUCCUUGAGGCGGAUCUCUCGGCCGUCGACUUCUGGGCAAUCGCAGCUUCAGCGCAAGCCGGUCGGUGAAGUCCAUCUCAAGGUCUCAUCUAUCCGCGAAAGCAGAUCGGAUGACAAGAGGUUUUCAAUAUUUACUGGAACAAAGAGGCUACAUUUAAGAGCAGAAACUCGAGAAGAUCGACUUGCGUGGUUGGAAGCACUGCAGGCUGUCAAGGACAUGUUUCCUCGAAUGUCUAACAGUGAGCUCAUGGCCCCAAUGGAUAAUGCAAUUGUUUCAACCGAAAAGUUGAGACAUCAUCUUCAGGAAGAGGGUGUCCGUGAAGCUUUAAUCCAGGAAUGUGAACAGAUCAUGAGGAAUGAAGCUGCAGCUAUGCAGAAUCAGGUGUUGCUUCUCAAGCAGAAGCAGUGGCUACUAAUCGACACUCUCCGGCAGUUAGAGACAGAAAAAGUUGAUCUGGAGAACACAGUAGUCGAUGAGAGCCAAAGACAGUUGAAUGAUCACAAGGCUUCUUCUUUGAGGCAAAACAAUUCCAGUGCAGAGGCAAGUGCAAGUGAAUCUGAUGAUGAUAAUGAAAGAGCAGAUGCUGCGGAAGAAGAAACAGAGGAUGAGGACAAUGCCUUCUUUGAUACUCAGGAUUUUUUGUCAUCUAGUUCUUUCAAGAGUAGUGCGUCUGAUUUGUACAGAUCAUCUUCUUCAGACAAUGAAGGCCUCUACAUUGCUGAAUCUGAAGAUGAUAAUGAUAUCGAUCCUUCUAUAAGAUCAGCCGGGUUGAGUUUUCCAUAUGUGAAGCGACGUAGGAAAUUGCCUGAUCCCGCUGAGACAGAGAAGGGCAUCAGUCUUUGGUCUAUGAUAAAGGAUAACAUAGGGAAGGACCUCACGAAAGUCUGUCUUCCUGUUUACUUCAAUGAGCCUCUUUCUUCUUUACAGAAAUGUUGUGAAGAUAUGGAAUAUUCUUAUCUCAUUGACCGAGCAAAUGAGUGGGGGAAGAAGGGUAAUAGCCUUAUGAGGAUUCUUAAUGUGGCUGCUUUUGCUGUGUCCGGAUAUUCUUCCACUGAAGGAAGAAUUUGCAAGCCGUUUAACCCAUUAUUAGGGGAAACAUAUGAGGCUGACUAUCCGGAUAAAGGCCUACGCUUCUUCUCAGAGAAGGUCAGUCAUCAUCCCAUGAUUGUUGCAUGUCAUUGUGAGGGUACUGGCUGGAAAUUCUGGGGAGAUAGUAAUCUGAAAAGUAAAUUCUGGGGCCGUUCAAUACAGCUUGAUCCUGUUGGUAUUUUAACUUUGCAAUUUGACGACGGUGAAGUUUUCCAAUGGAGUAAGGUGACAACAUCCAUAUACAAUCUCAUAUUGGGAAAACUUUAUUGUGACCAUUAUGGAACUAUGCGCAUACAAGGCAAUCGUGAUUAUUCGUGUAAGUUGAAAUUCAAGGAGCAGUCUAUCAUCGACAGAAAUCCUCACCAGGUACAUGGUAUAGUUCAAGAUAAGAAUGGGAAGACCGUGGCAACUUUAUUUGGGAAAUGGGAUGAAAGCAUGCAUUAUGUAAUUGGAGACUGCUCUGGGAUGAAGAAAGGAUCUGACUCGUUAUCUGAAGCCUGUCUACUAUGGAAACGUAGCAAGCCUCCUAAAUAUCCCACAAGAUACAACUUAACACGCUUUGCCAUAACACUGAAUGAGCUUACCCCAAGACUCAAGGAGAAGUUGCCACCAACAGACUCAAGGCUUAGACCUGAUCAGAGAUAUUUGGAGAAUGGGGAGUAUGAAAUGGCAAAUUCAGAGAAGUUGAGGCUUGAGCAGCGUCAACGGCAGGCUCGGAAGAUGCAAGAGAGGGGCUGGAAACCACGGUGGUUUGUGAAGGACAAGGCAACUGAUACGUACAAGUACAUUGGCGGGUAUUGGGAGACUAGAGAGCAUGGGAAUUGGGAAUCGUGUCCCGAUAUCUUUGGUCAAGUUCCUGCAGAGCAACUAGAAUAAGAGAGCUCUCUCUCUCUCUCUCUCUCUCUCUCUCUCAAAUCGUUGAUUCUUUCUCAAGUUUUCUCAAUGGCUGGCAAUUGACAAGUUUGGACAACAGUUUUGUGGCCCAUGUGAGUGCUUGAGGUUAGGUGCUAAUAAGAGAAAGCAGCAAGAGGCUAUCCAUUAUGCCGAUAAUCGAGCACCACUAGCGGUGAACUGCUUCUAGCAUUGUGAUUUUACCAUGCCAAGAAAGAAGCACUUGAUUUCUAGUUUUAGAUUGUAUCAGCAUUUGCUAGUUGAUUGGGUUGCUCGACAUCCAUUGGAUGCCCCUUCCAUCUAAUGUCGUCUAUUGAGUCGUCCAUUGUAACUUCUCUUUUCCCUUUCUUUUUUCUUUUUCCUUCUUACUGUUUCAUGUAAAGUGCAACCUUUUCUCUUCGUAUUAGUUUCCUUAAUUCAAUGAGGAUGUCGCUGCCAUGUA